CCAAUUUACAACUUGACUUUGAUUUGCGUGUGCAUCAACGACACGGGGACUCAUAGAGGCCUCAUCGAGCAAAAAUGGCAUCUUUUCUAGGGUCUCUGAGAUCUACUACAUGUGCAUCAUGCAUGAAGAGGAUUUCGAGAGGCAUUGAGUCAUCGCCGAACCCUUUUGUUCAGCAAAUCCGGGGAAAGAAGAAACUUGCGCAACAAUCAUCAUCCCUGAAAGUCCGUUUGCUUCAAGAUGUCCCAAAAUAUGGACGCCGAGGUGCCAUUAUUCCCGUUGCCGCCGGCCGAAUGCGCAAUCAGUGGUAUCCCAACGGAAUGGCGGAAUAUGUUUCAACCAUACAAAUUCGCGAAUUGGGCUUAGAAGGUGCCAAGUUUGAGAGAGAUGCUACAUUCCGGCCAGACCAACCAGAGAAGAAGACUGAGAUCUGGGAGAAGAAGGAGAAGAAAGCCAAAAAGCACGAACAGAUUGGGGUUGAUGUUCCUCUUUUAUCCCCACAACGGGUGACCGAAAUCCUGACUACAGUUGUGCCUGAGAGAAUUGAAUUCUACCGCACGCCAAUUGCAGUUCCGCGGGAAGAGAAAGCAACGCCAAAGUCUCGAAGCCGGGCCGUCAAUUCUGCAGCGGCUGAUCUUGCGGCAGCUUCAGAACCCGCCCCUGGACAGGAAGUUGUCGGUAUUCACGGCUCUGUAUCAACUGCUGACAUUGCAUCGAGCAUCAAAGCGCUGCUCGGUGGGAACCAGGAGACUGCACGAGUUGUGCUCUCAGCUGAGGAUAUUCAUUUUGUCGGCCGUCGCCGGCAACAAGGCGAGGGCGAGACUGAUCGAGUCAAGGAGUUGGGUGAUUUUGAGGUGGAGAUCAGACUCAAAGGCGCGCCUGGUGUUGUGAGGCGGACGGUCUCGAUUCAGCCAGUGCAGGUGCAGUAGUCGCGCCGUAAAAACGGAACGCGGCAAAGCCAGUACGCGAAAAAUAAAUGCAAGCUGUAUGCGUGAGCGAUAUUUGUGUGGUGACAAGGUUAGACUAUUUCCGGCCGCGCCGCACAUUGGCAAUGUAUUACCGGUACAGAUUAGGCAUGAUCAACCAGAUAGAG